AUGGCCACUAAUGCGCCUAUUCUAUCCUACUAUGAUCCAAAACAGCCACUAACAUUGAACGUUGAUGCUAGCUCAAAAGGCUUAGGUGCGGUGUUACUCCAAAAUGACAAGCCUAUUGCCUAUGCAUCGAGAGCACUUACUCCAACUCAACAAAGAUAUGCUCAAAUUGAGAAAGAGACUUUGGCUAUUGUUUUUGGAUGUCAAAAGUUCCACCAUUACGUAUACGGUAGACAAGUAGAAGUAGAAAGUGACCAUAAGCCACUAGAAAACAUAUUUAGUAAACCACUAAAUGAGGCACCACCAAGAAUACAAAGAUUUGUAUUACAGCUACAGAAGUAUGACAUUGUCGUCAGAUAUAAGCCAGGAAAAUCUAUGUAUGUAUCAGAUACAUUGUCAAGAAUGUACUUACAGGAAACAGUAGAAAAACUGGUACCAGAUAUAGAAAUUAAUGAAAUUCAGUUAAAUGCUCAUCUUCCAAUAUCACCAGAGAAAUAUGAACUGUUUAAAAAACAAACAGAGAGUGAUGAAAUUUUGCAACAAAUAAAGAAAAUAAAUGAAGAAGGAUGGCCACUGAAAAAAGAAGAGUUACCAGAAGAUCUCAAAAUGUAUUGGCAGUUUAGAAAUGAAAUUACCUGCAUUGAUAACCUAUUGUACAAAGGAUUAAAGCUUAUAAUACCAACAAGUUUACGUAAAGAAAUGUUACAACUAAUCCAUGAAACACAUAUGGGAAUCGUUAAAUGCAAAACCAGAGCCAGAGAGUUCAUGUAUUGGCCUGGAAUGAUGUCCGAUAUACAAGACAUUGUAGAAAAAUGUGAAACAUGCGCAGUAAACAACAAGAAAACUAACAACAAGGAACCUAUGAUAACGUCAAAGCUUCCAGAUAGACCUUCAUCUAAACUAGCACCCGAUUUGUUUCAAUACAAAGGAGAACAUUAUUUACUAACAGUUGAUUAUUAUUCAAAAUGGCCAGAAAUUGAUAAACUGGAUGAAUUAAGUUCAUCAAAUACAAUUUGCUACUUAAAAAAGCAAAUGUCUAGAUUUGGAUACAUUGAUCAGUUGAUCACAGACAAUGGUCCGCAAUUCGCUUGCAGAGAAUUUGCACAGUUUGCAAAAGAAUAUGGAUUUGUUCAUACCACAACUAGUCCACAUUAUCCACAAGCCAAUGGACAAGCAGAAAGAUUUGUACAAACUGUGAAAAAUGUAAUCAAGAAAAGCAAAGAUCCAUACAAAGCUAUGUUGGACUACAGAAACACACCCCUAGAUGAAAUAGAAUUAUCACCAGCACAAUUGCACUUAGGACGACGUUUGAAAUCAAGUCUUCCAACAUCAGCGCUACUUGGAAAACCGUUAAGAGAACUAAAAGACAAUGAAACAGUUAUGAUAGAACACAACAAUAAGUUAACUCCUGGAAAGGUUGUCCGUAAACAUGAAACACCUAGAUCUUACAUUGUUGAAACUCUUGGAGGAACACGCCUAAGAAGAAACCGCAAACAUCUUAAAACAACAAGAGUAACAUUUCAACCAGAAAUGGAAAUAGAACAACAUUUGCCAAUGGAUGUAAAUACACCUCGACAAGAAAUCCGAAAUGAUCCUAUCACUGAAAAUUUCAAACAAGCAACAGAAAUAAACAAACCCGUUCAAAAUCAGGAAAUUCAAAUCGAAAGGAAAUCAGUUGAACCAACUUGUAGCACAAGAUCAGGAAGAUCCGUUAAAGUGCCGAUCAAAUAUAAUGAUUAUGUAUGUAAUUCAAUCAGUGUAAAUUCAGAAGGAAAGGAAAUUUAUGUUUAG